UUAUAGUUAUGAAGUAGCAACAAAAAUAAUUUUAUGGUUGGGGGUCACCACAACAUGAGGAACUGUAUUAAAGGGUCACGGCAUUAGGAAGGUUGAGAACCACUGCUCUAGACACUAAAUUAUAACAACGUAAACAUGGUCCAUGCACUCAUGAAACUUAUAGGUUAAUGGUGGUGGUGGGGGGUGGGUAUGAUCUAAAUAAAGGACUUUGAAGGGCAAGUAUAGGACUGUAUGAGAGCAUUUAAUAGGUCACUUAAUCCUUCAACCUUAUUCUGGGAUAAUAGAGAAGGGACAUUUAAGCUGCUUUCAAAGAAUGAGUUAGUUAGCCAGAAAAAUUCCUGGAAGCAUUCCAAGAAGAGAGAAGAGCAUAAUUGAAGCCCUAUUGCAGCAGGAAUUUGCAGAGGUUCCGGAGUUGACAGAAGACUAGAGCAGAAUGAAUGAAAGACAAGAUGAACUGGAUGGACAGCAGGUACCAAAUAGAACAGACUCAAGAUUUUUAGUCUAUCUUGAGAGCACUAGGGAAGUAUUAAAGUGACUUAAACAGAGUCGUGACAGAAUCCAUUUUUGUAAUAUUUUGGUUAUAUAGGUAUACACACAAAGAUACUGGAGCCUGACACUAUUAAACUUUAGAAUCAUACAACUAACUCCCCUUUUUCAAAUUAUUUGUUUACUUAGCCAUUAAGUAUGACUUCCUCAUUCAGACAUAAGUGGAAGUUGCCUUGGAAUUAAUAAAAUGAUUUUCUGCUUUGUGUGUGUGUGUGUGUGUGUAUGUGUGUGUGUGUGUGUGUGUGUGUGUGUGUGUGUGUGUGUGUGAGAGAGAGAGAGCGAGACCGAGAGCGAGAGAGAGAGAGAGAGAGAGAGAGAGGAGAUAGCUGGUAGGUAAGAUACUAUUUUUAAAAUCUAACAUAGCAAUGAGAAUUUACCUAAAUCUACUUAGCAUGCUAAUAAUUUAUGCAUCAUGCAGUAUUAGAAAUUCUUAAACUGCUAUCUUAUAUUUGGUUAUUUUUGAAUUAUUCUAAGAAAUGACAGAUUUAUGUAAGACUUUGUUUCAACCCCUAAGUUUUUUACUUUAAUAGAAAUGAUUGUUACUCUAUUCUUAUUUCUCUUUUCAUCACAAAUGUCAGAAUGCACUCUUCUGUUUAUAUUAACAGCUUCUUUAGAGAUUAUUCAGAGUUAUCAUUUGGACUAGUUAAAUUUAUAUUGAGCCGUAGAUUCUCUAUUUAAUAGACACCGAGCACUAUGCCUCGCACAUAGUAGGCACUCAAAAAUAAGUUCAGUGAAUCAAGGCAUCUGAUAUAGUUACCUUUUUAAAAUUUUAUUUUUCAAUUAGUUAUAUUCGGUAUUAUUUUGUAUUAGUUUCAGGUGUACAGCAUGGUGAUGAGAUAGUCAUAUACUUUAAAAGGGUCCCGCGUCCGUUAUUUCCAGUUCCCACCAGGCACCAUACACAGUUAUUACAAUAUUCCUGACUGUAUUCUCUGUGUUCUACUUUACAUCCCCAUGACUGUUUUGUAACUACCAAUGUGUACUUCUUAAUCCCUUCAAUGUUUUCACCCAAUCUCCCAACAAUCCCCUCUGGAAACCAUUAGUCUCUUCAUUGUAUCUAUGAGUCUUUUUCAAUUUUGUUUGUUCAUUUAUUUUGUUCUUUAGAUUCUACAUAUAAGUGAAUCAUAUGGUAUUUGUCCUUCUCUGUCUGACUUAUUUAACUUAGCACAGUACCCUCUAGGUUCAUCCCUGCUGUCAAAAAUGGUAAGAUUUCCUUCUUUUUCUUUACAGUGCUCUUAAUUGCACCUUAUAAAAAUGUCCUCCCUUAAUCUUUCCCUUCACACACAACAUAUUGCUCUGUUUGAUAUUUAUUUUCUUCCUGGAAGUUCUACUCUGAAUAUUAUUAUUUUGCUGUUUUCCCUUUCUUGAAAUCCCUUUUUAAGGUUUAAUUGUCCUUGGUCUUUUUCUUGAAAUUCAUGUACUUUGUAUUUUAAACCUUUGUUUGCCAAUUUUCUCUUAGAAAAUGUAUUUUCCUUUUCUCUUUUGAUCUAACUCAAUUUAUAUUAAAAAUGUUUGAGUCUGUUUAUGAGUUUGUGUUUCACAAUAUUUUAAUUGCAGUUUUCCCAUCCUGAGGAACUAUUGAAUUGUUACUAUGUAUUUAAAAAGCAUAAUUCAUGCAUUCUAUGUUUUUAGUCUAUUGAAGACAAUGAAGUAUAUUUGCCUAAUGAUGAAAUUUGGACCUAUGAUAUUGAUAGUGGGUUGUGGACAAUGCACCUCAUGGAAGGAGAACUCCCUACCUCCAUGUCAGGAAGUUGUGGUGCUUGCAUUAAUGGAAAGCUGUACGUUUUUGGAGGAUAUGAUGACAAAGGAUACAGCAAUCGAAGAUGGAACCUAUGUUUGGGAAAAAAUCACCAACUUUGAAGGAAAACCACCCACACCACGUGAUAAACUUUCUUGCUGGGUAUAUAAAGACAGAUUAAUAUAUUUUGGUGGCUAUGGGUGUAGGAGACACAAUGAACUCCAAGACUGUUUUGAUGUUCAUGAUGCAUCUUGGGAAGAGCAGAUAUUCUGGGGAUGGCAUAAUGAUGUUCAUGUAUUUGACACAAAGACACAGAAUUGGUUUCAACCAGAAAUUAAAGGUGGAGUCCCACCACAGCCACGAGCCGCACAUGCGUGUGCAGUCCUUGGAAAUAAGGGCUAUAUCUUUGGUGGACGUGUUUUGCAAACUAGGAUGAAUGAUUUGCACUAUCUAAACUUAGAUACCUGGAUUUGGUCUGGAAGGAUUCCUAUUAAUGGAGAAAACCCUAAACAUCGAUCAUGGCAUACUCUAACACCAAUAGCUGAUGAUAAGCUUUUCUUAUUUGGUGGACUAAGUGCGGACAAUAUUCCAUUAAGUGAUGGUUGGAUUCAUAAUGUCAUAACAAAUUGUUGGAAACAACUGACAUAUUUACCUAAAACAAGACCCAGGUUAUGGCACACAGCCUGUUUGGGAAAAGAAAAUGAAAUAAUGGUAUUUGGUGGGAGCAAAGAUGAUUUACUUUCCUUGGAUACAGGUCACUGUAAUGAUUUGUUGAUCUUUCAAACACAGCCUUAUUCACUACUCAGGUCAUGCCUUGACUGCAUUGGUAAAAAUGCUAUAAUUUUAGAAAGUCAGAUAUCUUUAUUACCUCCUAAACUUCUUCAACAAGUACUCAAAAAAAUCACAUUUUGGGCUGCAGCUAACCACCGAGAAGAACAAAGAGCUCAAAAAGAAGAAACAGAAAAUAAGUAUCAGUGGCUCAGUAACAAUUAAGUUGUUAUGUACUUUAUAUGUUUAAUAUGUUUAACAUUUUAAUCAGACUGUAUAUUUACUCCCCAAAUUGGAGGCUUUAUUUAGAAGAUAAAAUUGAAGCAAAAAUGUUAUGUUAAAGUAAUUACAUGGAAUGGGAUAUAUGGGAAUGAGAUGUUAAUGGCAGAUUAAUUUAUAUUUCUAAAAUAAUUUCCUUAUAAGCUACAGAAAAAAAAUAAGCUUUCUGAAAGUAAUUACAAUUGUAGGCAAUUUUAACUCACUGUGUACUCAUUGCUGGAAAGAUUAUACAAAUUUGAGGAGAAUAAGAAAUUACCCAAGGACUUUAGAAAUCCCUCAAUAUAAUGAUACAUAAAAACACUAUAUAUCAACUUUUAGAUAGAAUAGAUUCUCUCAAGUCACUAUAAAAUUACCUAAAUCUUCUUAUUGGUAUGGUGUUAAAUGUGGAACCCCCACCCUUUUAGCACUUAUCUAGUAAAGAAUUCUUAAGCAUCAUUGUACUUUUCCUUUUUCUUGUCAUAAGUUUUCUUCAAACCUUUAUUUGAGUAGGGGAAUAAAUGCAUUCAAUUGCUUCCUGUUACCCCUAAGUUAUUAGUUUGUCCAAUUUUAUAUGUACAAAGACCAUAUUUUAAAGUGCCUAAAGUGGAGGUUUAUUUGUCAUCCAGGCUCUGAAAUAUUGAGAAGCAGUAUAAUUAUUAAGUUUUGAGGCACAUUAAAAUAUAGUUUGCCUUGGAAGAGUGCAUCUAAAGUGAUUUUUAUAAAUAAUGAAAUGGAAUGGUAAUCUAGUAAGUUGCCUUUAUUGAAACCCCUCAAUUUGGUCCACACCAUUCUACAAAGUUGGUGCUUAAGGAUAUUGAAAAUAUGUUAUCUUCCCAUUCAUUUUCAGUAUUAACUGCUUAUACAGAAAUAAAACACUAUAACUUAUAUUCCUUAAGAGUACUUUUGCCGUAAUUAAGAAAUUGUUCAUAUUAUUACAGCACACCCUUCCAGUGAAUUACUAAUAACGAUGUAUUACUCAAAGGCUUGGUUAUAAAAUUACUCUCCACAAUACCACCAUACAAGUUAUUUCUGAAAUUCAAAAUGUUAGAGCAAAUAUAUUUCUCUAUUGAAAUAUAUAUGUAAUUUAUAAUGAAAAUUAUAGUCAUUUAUAGUACCUCAUUAAAUUUUAGAGAUAUAUUUUAUAUAUAUUGUAUUUUGAUGUGUAAAACUUCUAUUUAUGUAUUGAGAUAGUGUGUGUUUACAUUUUAUUUAUUAUAUGAACUAUGUAGAUUUACUAUUUUUCCAGUUUUGUUCAUGUGAACCAGUCAUUAGAGUUGAUUGUACAAACAAUAUUUCAGUGUAAGUUUUCAUUUUUUCUUACUAUUUUUAGACUAAAUAAAAUUUAGAAAAUGAAUCGCACAGGCAAUGUACAGCUUACAAGUAUUUUAUUACAGUGAGUUUCAGUGUCAGCCUUUCACAUUUAAAGGGAAAAUAUCAAAACCUAUUGGAUAGUGGUAGAUGACACUGAGCGGGAUGAAUACUUUUUAAUAUAGCUUCUGGGUUACUAGUAUACGAAUGCCUUCUCUAGCCUCUUAGAAAAGCACUUCCGGUUUUAAAUGGUUUACUUAGAGCAUUAAAAGCUGGAUUAGCCCCUCAAAUGCACACCAACAUGUAGGCUUCAAGAGAAUGAAAAUCUAUAUAUUAUCUAUGGCACACAUAACUAGUGCUAUACUUAUUUGAUCUAAUAUACUGUAGUACUUCAAAAAUUAUAAGUCUUGAGAUAGUCCCAUAGUGAGAGUGACAGGGAAUUCUGAUCUUUAACUUGUCUCUAUAACUUGGCUUAAAACAGGGCCCUCCUGCUAUUCGGAGAUAGAGAGGGUCUGGGAGCUUGCAAAGCCAGUUUUGAAGUGUGAUAGCCAAGCAGUAUUCAUUCCUCACUUUUCAACAGCUGAUGGUUUACUGUCAACUUUUGUGUUGUUGACCUCCACAGUAUAUAGGAGCCCAAGGCUUCAGCUUCAGCUUCAUAACAUUAGCUCUGAACUCUCCCUGUGGACUUUCCGUUUGAAAGAUGAUUCUAGCCCACUGGCUGCUCUGAAAAGCCAUCUUUGCAUGUUCCUGUGGCUCCCUGUCCGCUCCACCAAACGACGGGAAAAGAAGACAUUUUUGGGAGGCCAGCAGUCUGAAUCUGCACCAGUAACCUAAUGCCCAUUCUUGAUAGCCUGUAAUGAAGCCACUGCCCCUUUCUCCACAAUCUGCUCUUACAAGACCUGUUUACCUAAGUGCUCCCAUUUUACAGAGGCCAUAAACCAUGAACAAUACACAACCCCCUGAGGGGGUUAUCAGCACUGGCACCAGGCCAGGCCUUUAAGGUGUGGUCUCGCUGCCCCCAUUCCAACACACGGGGCUUUUUGCAAAGCCUGUGAAAGGUCCGGAAGUCCCAUCCAUAUUUGGGGGACAGAGAAACCAGAGGGUAUAAAGGGACAGCUUCCUCCAUAUUGGUUUGCUCAGGAUUUGGAGAGAAACAGUCUCCCCGAGUCACUAUACUAGUACAUGCGAAACAUCUGAAAAUAAAUGGGUUUCUCCUGUAUCUCUGGGUACUCCUUUGUAUUUUCUGGUCGCCUGGUAAAUUCUGUAACAUAGAAAUGGUUUGCUCACUGCAACCACCUCCGCUGUGCGCCUCCUUCACUGCAGCUUCUUCGCCAGAGUCCUCCAACUCUCGCUUUUUUUAAAAAAAAAAAUGCCCACCAUGUCAGACACGCCCGUGGACACCAGCUCGGAGAUCACCAUCAAGGACUUAAAGGAGAAGAAGGAAGUUGUGGAGGAGGCAGAGAAUGGAAGCGAUGCACCUGCGAAUGGGAAGGCUGAGGAUGAGGAAAAUGGGGAGCAGGAGGCUGACAAUGAGGUAGAUGAAGAGGAAGGAGGAGGGGGGCGGAGGAGGAGAAAGAAGAAGGUGAUGGUGAGAAGAGGAUGGAGAUGAAGGUGAGGAGGCUGAGGCAGCUACAGGCAAACGGGCAGCUGAAGAUGAUGAGGAUGACGAUGUUGACACCAAGAAGCAGAAGACCGAUGAGGAUGACUAACAACAAAAAAGGGAAAAGUUAAAGGCCUCUGUGACCUAUUCACCUUCCACUUCCCCUCUCAGAAUCUAAACGUGGUCAACUUCGAGAAGAGACUCUCACCCGCCUGUCCCCCCACCCACCUGGGGCAGCAGCACCUGCAGAUGACACCCACUGUCCACCAUCCAACCAAAACCACAACGUGAAUUUGCAACAGGGGAGGAGAAAAGAACCAAAACGUCCAAGGCCCUGCCUUUUUUCUUAAAAGUACUUUAAAAAGAAAAAUUUGUCUGUAUUUUUAUUUACAUUUUAUAUUUUUUGUACAUAUUGUUAGGGGUCAGCCAUUUUUAAUGAUUUUGGGAUGACCACACCAGCCUUUGGAGUGUUCUCUGUCCUACUUCUGACUUUACUUAUGGUGUGACCAUGUUCAUUAUAAUCUCAAAGGAGAAAUAAACCUUGUAAAAAAAAGCAAAAACAAUCUUAUUCUGAACAUUCCAGUAACUUUGUGUAUGUGCUUAUCUGUACUAUAAAUAGUUGGUUUGUAUAAGAUGGUUAAAAAAGGCCAAAGAUAAAAAGGUUUCUUUUUCCCCCCCUUUUUUUUUGUCUAUGAAUUUGCUGUUUAUUUAUUUAUUUUUGGCCUGUUUGAUGAGUGUGUGAAACAAUGUUGUCCAACAAUAAACGGGAAUUUUAUUUU